GAAACUGUAAAUAUAUGUUGAAUCCAUUGAUAUAGAGAAUAUAUAUAUCAAUGGUUGAAUCAUUCCAAUAAAUCAAACUUAGAAAACGAAUAUUUAAAUUUUAUUGUUCCUUUAUGGUAUAGUAUUUUGUCCUAUUUUUAGAAAAAUGGAUAAAGAGGUUAAAGUUGAGAAACAGGAAAGUGCUUUUGAUGACAGUUGGAUUGGAGCUGCACGUAGUGAUACAGCUACUCAGCAGAUCAAGAUCGAGAAGCAGGAGGAUGAAUUUGGAGAAUGUGAAUUAGCAACUAGCAGCAUCAAAGAUGAGUCAUCCUCACACAAUGGUUCAACUUCCAAUCAGAUGGCGAGAGUUAAGCAGGAGAAUGAUAGCAGCCAAGAACCAGCGCCAGAGUGCAGCACUGCAUGCUCUCCAACUGAUGAUGAUUUCAGCCAACAACAUUAUCUAAUCCCUGGCUAUAAUCUAAUAUUCAUCAAAGAGGAAGAAUAUGUUGAGCAAGAGGCAGAAGGAUGUUCAGUGGAGAGUGAACCGGAGAUGUGGCCUUCAAACUGCAGCACAUCUGAAACUGCCAAUGCAACAGAAGUGGGUGGACUGAAUGCACAUUCAAUCUCUCCCAUGGAAGAGUGCACUGAGCCAUCUGUGGCUGGCAAAAAGAUCAAGCUCUACAACUGUGCUGACUGCAGCUAUAAAACUCCAUCGAUCACUCAUUGGAAGAGACACAUGACGAAACACACUGGGGAAAAGACUUUCAGUUGUGAGUUAUGUGACUAUAAAUGUACUCGAUCAAGUAAUUUGAAGAUACAUAUCAGAACACAUACAGGAGAAACACCUUUCAGCUGCGAGUAUUGUGACUAUAAAUGUGCUCGAUCAAGUGAUUUGAAAAAACAUAUUAGAACACAUACAGGAGAAACACCUUUCAGCUGCAAGUAUUGUGACUAUAAAUGUGCUCAAUCUGGUGCUUUGAAGAGACAUAUCAGAACACAUACAGGAAAAACACCUUUCAGCUGCAAGUAUUGUGACUAUAAAUGUGCUCGAUCUGAUACUUUGAAGGAACAUAUCAAAACACAUACUGGAGAAACACCUUUCAGCUGCGAGUAUUGUGACUAUAAAUGUGCUCAAUCUGGUGCUUUGAAGGAACAUAUCAGAACACAUACAGGAGAAACACCUUUCAGCUGCGAGUAUUGUGACUAUAAAUGUGCUCGAUCAAGUAAUUUGAAAAGACAUAUAAGAACACAUCAUAAAGGAGAAACAACCACCAGCUGAAAAUUUGUGACUUUACGUGUGCUCAUUCAAAUUCAUUUUACUGUGUUUCCUAGUAAGGUGGUCACUAAUAACAGGACAAGUGUGUUGAACAUGUGUGUACACACAAAUGUCGUCCAUAUUGUCGUGUCAUCACAGCUAAAGGCUUCAAAUAAGAUUUUUUGAGGUUCCGAGUAAGUAUCGGCUCACACCUCCCCACUCCUCUAUUUAAAUUGCCAGGGUUGCCCUGGACUGGCGUCUGUGGAGGGGCGGAGUGGGGGAUGCUGCUCACACUGUGGUGUGUGCCGGCGGGUGGUUGGGGACGGCUGGGCUCCUCGCGGUGUUGGGUGUCCUCCACAUACACCACGGUUGUCAUCUCACAACACUGAAAUUCUCUCCUUUCUGAGAGGUGAUAGGCCAUGUUUUGGCACUACCUGGAGGGAGGGGAGUCGCUAGGAGUGGUGGGAGAGUAGUGGCAGUCAUCACCGUAGUUGUAGUGCAUGGGAACAGGUCAAAACUUGUCAGAAAUGGUCUCCUAGUGUCUUCCAGACGAGCCUUUGUCACUGACUCCGGUCUGCCUCCAGAUCAAGUGGUGUUUGGUUCGUCCUCUAAGUGACCCCUACCGGUCACCAAAGAUCACCUGACCUGGUUUUUUUUUAGAUAAAUGAAAACUUAAACUCAAAUAGUGCAGCAAAGAAAAAAUAAGCAAUAUAAAUUUGGAGAUGCAAAAACCUAACCUCAACAAAUUUUGCUGGAAGCCUUUUGCUGUGAUGACACAACAAUCUAUGACAAUAUGUGUAUCAUGCAUGUCUCACCGUUGGUGGCCAGCCUUAAAUCAACCUCGUACUUUCCAUUACCUACUCACAAGCAUUACCUGCUCACAUGGUUAUCAUCCACAAUAAAAUUAUCAAGUCAUUUGAUAAAAUAGUAUCAUGUUGAUAUUUUUCCCCACCAUCAACUCAACGUCAUGCAGCUUGAUCCUCUGCUUCUACCUCAUUAGCUCUCCUAUGGUGAGGUCCACGUUAUAAUGGCAGUAUUUGAUUAACAUUGGUGUUGCUUUCCUUGUUUAUCAUACUUCAUAGCAGAAAGCUCUAUCCUUUUCUAGUUCUGCAACAUUUCCAGAUCCUUUUCCAACCAUGUAGAAUUAUACUCAACAAAACAUUCAAUCUCAAUAAUUAUGAAAAUUUAGUAUUUAAUCUUUGGCAAAUAUAUUUUCAUGAGGAAUAAAAUAUAGUUCAUCACUCUAAACAAGAUUUCCAUGUAAAUAUUACAUCAGAUAUAUCAGUAGCAGAUAUCCUCCAUAGAAGACAGUGACAAGGCAGAGAAUUGGCAACGCUAUUCUACUAUCUUUCUCCACUGCCAUUAUAACAUGAACCUCAUUAUAGUCAUAGUCAGCCUUAACCUGGCUUCACCAUCCUUGCCGAGGUCUAGAAACACUUGUGGAGCUCUCACUUCCAGUAGAUUUCUGUGUAUGAUAGUGUCCUUGCUGAAACCCUGCUCCAUGCUAUAGAGAUGAAUUCUCUUAAUUUAAGAAAUUAGUCUUGAUUUACUGGGUAAUGUGUAGGUAUUAAUAUAAUUAUGUGAAUCUACAACAUUUUUUAAUUAAUAAUUUAUUGGCAUGGGUAAUUAAACAAAUACAUGACAUUGAUGUUCGGUACAUUCAAAAUAUUACAAAAACUUUAAUAAACACCAGGAUU